UAAGACCCUCACUUGUGAAUUGCAGCAGCAAUGGCUCAACUCGACCGCGUGCUCAGAUCAUAUGGUGACAAACCUAAAUCAGCCCCCAGCAGCCCCACUUUAGAACAUUUAUUCCGAGGAGGCGAAAGUUCAAAGUGGUCGACAACAUCUUCACCUAGCUUUGGGAACCACCAUGAUUAUGAAGAAGAUCAUUCCCACCAUCACAAGAAACCAUCAGUUCUGACAAAAAUGAAGGAGAGGGCCAAGAAGUUGCGACAUAGUCUUAGCAGGAAGAAGCAGAGUGAGGAUGAUAAUUCUACACCCUCUUGGGGUGUCAGCUUGGAUGACGAUGAAGACCUAGAAGAAGAUGCUGAAUACCUUGGAGCCCCAAUGUACGAGUCGGAGCUUGCUCCCGAGGGGUACAAAGAAGCAGCUAGGCAUCAUCCCAGAUCAUUUCACGUGGUUUCUGAGAAACAUGUUUUGGCAAGCAGUGUCAAUCGUGGUGAUGAAGCAGAUAAGGAGAACCCUAGCAGCAUUCCAAACAAGAUAAUAACUAAAACUGUGAGUGAAACAUUAGCACCAACUUAUUCUGCACUAUCGGAUGCAACCCAUGCUAUUGCUUCAAAACUUCAAGGCAUCAGUGUUACAACCCUAGCAGAACCCCAAACCUUUCGAGGAGCAGCAUCUCCACGAGUUCGGUCAGCACCGGCUGCUGCACAAAGCAAAAAUAAUGCUAUAAUGAGUACUGCUGAUCAUCAAAUAUGGGAUAAGGGUGUUUCAAUGAAGGAGUAUUUGAAGCAUAAAUUUGAGCUUGGGGAAGAUGAGAGAGCCCUUAAUUCCCAAGUGACAUCUAAUGCAGUGAGUCCAAGGAAAAGUACCACUCCUGGGGAUAUGGGUGUGGUGGAGAAGGUGAGAGAAGCUGUAACUUCUUUGCUUCGGAACGAGGAGUCACCCAAAUCCACAGCUGCUAGUUCUGCCAAAGACUCAACAUUACACAUGCCAAUUUCCACCCAUGCGCAUUCGACUAAAAGCUCACCAGCACAGCUUCCGACGGUUUCCACCAAUUUACACGAAGUUGGUAAUCUUUUCUAA